AUGCGAUCCAUCAUCCUUUCGACAUUCGGCCUAUUCGCCUCUAGAGCGACUGCUUCGCUGCAGAUCGUGCCCGGCGCGACAUGGACAGCGACAAAUACAGGCCAACACAUCCAAGCCCAUGGCGGUGGCAUCCUCAAGGUCGGCGACAAGUGGUACUGGGUCGGCGAAGACAAAACGAAUGGCACCUCCUUCAUCAACAUUAACUGCUACUCCUCCACCAACCUCGUAGAAUGGAAUUACGAAGGCGCUCUCCUCUCGCAGACCGCAUCAGGCGACACUGGGCCAAAUAGGGUUAUCGAGCGUCCGAAGGUCAUCUACAACAAGGCCACCAACAAGUAUGUCAUGUGGAUGCACAUCGACAGCGGCGACUACAAAGAAGCCAAAAUCGGCGUCGCAACCAGCAACACUGUGUGCGGAAAGUACACCUACCUACGCAGCGAACAGCCACUAGGUCACCAAAGCCGCGACUCCAGUGUCUUCGUAGACACAGAUGACAAAGCGUAUCUCUUGACAGAAGACCGCGAAAACGGUCUCCGCAUCAACGCCCUCUCCUCCGACUACCUCACCGUUCAAUCCAGCACAUUCAACUUCGCCGAAAAAUACGAGUCCCCCGCCGUCAUCAAGAAGAACGGUGUCUACUUCAUGUUCGCUUCACAGCUCACCGGCUGGAACCCCAACGACAACUACUACGCCACUUCCACCUCCCUGUCUGGGCCGUGGUCCGCCUGGAAGAAGUUCGCCGAGAGCGGCUCCAACACGUACAGCUCCCAGACGACGUUUGUGCUGCCGGUGGGUGAAAACUUCGUGUAUAUGGGCGAUCGGUGGGUGAGCGAUAACCUGAUGCGGAGUACGUAUGUGUGGCUCCCGCUCACGAUUUCGGGGACGACGGCGACGCUCAAGAAUUCAGUGAACUGGGUGCUGAAUUCGAGCAUUGGCACGGCGAGCGCGGGACCGAGUGAGAACCAGUAUGAGGGCGAGGCUGCAGCGUUGAGCAACAAUGCGCGCGCGAUUACGUGCUCGACUUGCUCCGCAGGCAAGGCGGCGGGCUAUAUCGGCGGGUCUGACGGCGGUGCCGUUGUGUUUAGUAACGUUCAGAGCGAUGUGGCUGGCAGGACGAGCAUCCGGGUGAAGCACCUCAAUGGGGACAGGAGUCAGAGGGUUGCGGAUGUGAGUGUCAAUGGCAAGACGCAGAGACUCGCGUUCCUUCCCCAUGGAGGUGGAGACCCGGGCAGUAGCGUUCUGAACAUAGACUUGAAGCAGGGCGCCAACGAGAUCAAGUUUGUUGGUGUGAAUGGGGGGUAUGCGGCGGAUGUGGAUCGAUUGAUGGUUCCCAAGUCGUAAAGAAGUGUUGUAUAU